AUGGCGAUGACGGCACCGAUGGGGCGCGCACAUGGCUGCGAACGCCAGUCCGGCCCAUGUCCGCGCAAGGGCUGUUGUCUCGGAUGCCGACACGGUCUCUGGGUCGGCCAGGACCUGUCCGUGUCGAUCCACAGCGGCGAUGCGUACCGUCGGGGCGGCGACGGGGACGUCAAUAUACCGCGACGACCCGAGGCGGUCUCGUCUGCAUCACCUGGGCCAACGCAUACAAAUCAACACGACUCGAUCCAUUGA